UUCCCGAGAUAAGAUAAACACAGUCAAAUCAAAGUUGACCUUUGGAGCUUAAGUGUGGAGCCAAUCACACACUUUACCAAAGCUUUGACUGACAGGAAUUUAGAACAAACAGACUUGUUGGUCUUUGCUGAACAGAUUGUAGUAGCAUGUGAGAGACAUCAUAGUGUGUUUGGUGUGAAAGAAUCAUGUUUCUCCCCUUCUUCUGGAUCAUGGGGACUUCUGAAUGGAUACUUUUUGAUUCAAACCCCCCAAUUGACUGUUUUCUUCAAGGUCUUGUGGGUGCAUGUGCAAUAUCAGUGCUGGGCAGUCUGAUGAGAGUUUACUAUUUCCUUCAAACAUGCAGUGAUUCUGAAACCGAAAGUAAGCAGAGGUCAUCCUCACCCGUCAAUCCUCUGAGAGGGAACUGGAGAACAGCGCUCCAGUUCUGGUCCCUGACGCUCGUCCUGUCUCUGGUGGGCUCCAGGGUCUCCUCUCUCAUCGUGCUGGAGUUUUCUCUCAGAGCAGUUUCCUCUUGGGCAUCAGCAGGACUGGAUGCCCAUGGCCGAGGCCUGCACCUCCUCCUGCUCCAGUGCCAGUUUUCCCUUGGUUGCUGCUUCAGCUGUGCUCUGGUCUUCCUCCAUCAGGGGGCUCCACACAGCUCCCUCAACUUGUUCCUGGCAGCUGCGAUCAGCUGGGCACUGGCAAGUGGCAGCCUCAGUCUGUGGAGCCAUGUGGCCAGACACUACCCGCUGCAUAGCAGAGAGCCUUACUGUGGGAUAUGCAUCACCCUCCUGACCUCAGGACACACCAUACUGACCUCACUGCAGAGAGCGGUUGUCUUGGCUUUUGCUUUUGCAACUGUGGCUUCCUUCGCCACAGUAUAUGACCACUUCCUGUCCCAGACGGAUGCUCUGAAGUUUUGGACUCCACUGACACUCUGCUAUACCAUGUUGGUUAUCUACAUUCAAGCUGAUCAGAAUCGGCAGACGGGAGCAGUGGCUCUCUGGCACACGGCCGUGCUGCGACUGGGAGCUUUACUGGUGCUCAUGCUGACAGUGGGCGACUGGUCUGACGUCCUGCAUAUCCUCAUCUCUUUCCUGGGAGAAGCAGCCUGUCUGCUGCCAUCUCAGGACCUACUGCAGGCCACGUCAAGGGAAGAAGAAGAAGAAACGAGCCUGAGAAAACAAGAGCACAAAACUGUUCACAAAACCCUUGAAGUCAAAAGAAAACCAUCCUCAGACGACAGCUGAUGGCGUCCCUGAGAUCUACCUCAUCACUACCUCAAAUAAUACAUUGACAUUGUACUUUACUUAAUGCAAUUAUUACUGUUACCUCUCUUAAAAUGUACUCCAAAUCACUGCUGCUGUUUUGGUUAUUGUAUCAUAACCAAUAGUGUUAUCAGAAGAUUUAAAUCAAUCAGAAAUACUUAAUUGAUAACUGCCCUUAUGGGCAAUUGGGAAAUAGAAAACAUUAAUUCAAAGUCAGGUAUGAAACAGUGGAUAAAAUGAAGCAAUAGAACAAAAAUGUCUGUUUAAAAGCUGUGUAGUAAAAAACAACAACAAUACAAUCAAAUAAUGAAACAAAUGUCUUAUAAAAGCUAUUUUAUAAAAUGCUGUUUAAAAUGUUUUAGCAGAGGAUAAUGAGGUAGCUUGUGUGAUUGAAAGGUCACUGAGAUGUCACUAAGUAAAGGUGGACUCCAUCAAUUUUACAAAUGAUAUCAGAUCAUACUGUAAAAACAAUUUACUAUUACUACCAUUAAAAAACAUAUAUUAUAUCUUCUGUGACUCUGGAGAGUCUGCAUUUUAAGCUGGAUGUGUGGGUGGAAAUGUUGGUGUCAGGGGAGUUUAAUGAAAACAUUAGCCAGUUGAAUCUUGGGAAAUGAAGGGUCCACAUUUUCUGAGCUUUACCCUGCCUUGGGACUAAAAGGAAAAUAAUUUUGACCUCUGUUGAGGUUUCUCU